AUGAUCGCCGCUCAGGCCAAGCUGGUUUACCAGCUCAAUAAAUACUACACGGAGCGCUGCCAAGCGCGCAAGGCGGCCAUCGCCAAGACCAUCCGAGAGGUCUGUAAGGUGGUCUCGGACGUGCUCAAGGAAGUGGAGGUGCAGGAGCCUCGCUUCAUCAGUUCCCUGAGCGAGAUCGAUGCCCGCUACGAGGGGCUGGAGGUCAUCUCGCCCACAGAAUUCGAGGUGGUGCUCUACCUCAACCAGAUGGGCGUCUUCAACUUCGUGGACGACGGCUCUCUGCCCGGCUGCGCGGUGCUCAAACUGAGCGACGGCAGGAAGCGGAGCAUGUCUCUCUGGGUCGAGUUCAUCACAGCGUCCGGCUACCUCUCCGCGCGUAAGAUCCGUUCGCGUUUCCAGACGCUGGUGGCUCAGGCGGUGGACAAGUGCAGCUACCGGGAUGUGGUCAAGAUGAUCGCGGAUACCAGCGAAGUCAAGUUGCGCAUCAGGGAGCGCUAUGUGGUGCAGAUCACUCCGGCGUUCAAGUGCACUGGUAUCUGGCCUCGCAGUGCGGCACAGUGGCCCAUGCCUCACAUCCCCUGGCCGGGCCCCAAUCGGGUGGCGGAGGUCAAGGCCGAAGGGUUCAACUUGCUCUCCAAGGAGUGCUACUCGCUGACGGGCAAGCAGAGCUCCGCGGAGAGCGAUGCCUGGGUGCUACAGUUCGGGGAGGCCGAGAACCGCCUGCUGAUGGGCGGCUGCCGAAACAAGUGUCUGUCUGUGCUGAAGACCCUACGGGACCGCCACCUGGAGCUGCCAGGCCAGCCACUCAAUAACUACCACAUGAAGACGCUGCUGCUGUACGAGUGCGAGAAACACCCGCGGGAAACGGACUGGGACGAGGCUUGCCUGGGCGACCGGCUCAAUGGCAUCCUGCUGCAGCUCAUCUCCUGCCUGCAGUGCCGCCGCUGCCCACACUACUUUCUGCCCAACCUCGACCUUUUCCAGGGCAAGCCCCACUCGGCCCUGGAGAGUGCUGCCAAGCAGACCUGGAGGUUGGCCAGGGAAAUUCUCACCAAUCCCAAAAGCCUAGACAAACUAUAG